AUGGGUAAAGUCUUUGAUCAACCAUCUACUUCAUCAUCUUUGGUUCUCUCUGGACUAUCAUGGGUCAUUGUUUUCGGAGCAUUGCAAAUCGGUGCACCAUUCUUCAGAUCGAAUGAAAUUCGUACCAUUCUCGGUGGAUUAGUUGGUUCAUUACUUUUCUUCUUCUUCAUCACUUUUGUUGGUAAUCUUAAAAAAGAAAUUAGAUGGAUUGAAGCCAUUAUCAGUUUGGUCAUUACUUUUAUAGUUACUUCCUCUGUACACAGAGUUUCUGGUACCACAAGUGUAUUGUUUUCACUAGGUGUAUUGUAUUAUAUCAACAACCAAUCGAAAUCGAUCAACGACAGAUUGGAAGAAGCAACAAAACCACACAGAAAAUAA